GCAGAAGAGUUUAAAAAACAAGGAAAUACAGCUUUUACAAAUAAAGAAUAUGAAAAAGCAAUAGAUUUUUUUUCAAAAGCUAUAGAAUUAGAUCCUUCAAACCAUGUUUUAUAUUCGAAUAGAUCAGCUUCUUAUGCUUCAUUAAAACAAUAUGAUGAUGCUUUAAAAGAUGCUGAUAAAACGAUUGAAUUAAAAAAAGAUUGGCCAAAAGGUUAUAGUCGUAAAGGUGCUGCACUUCAUGGUAUGGGAAGACUUGAAGAAGCUCGCGAAACAUACAAAGAAGGUCUUACUCAUGAUCCAAACAACCAACAAUUAAAAAAAGCGUUGGAAGAAGUUGAAACCGCAUUAGCUCCUAGUAAUACGAAAAUUUUCCCAGAUGAUAUAUUUGCCAGGAUAGCCCUAAACCCCACAUUGAGACCAUAUCUUGAUCAACCAGAUUAUGUUGAAAAAAUUAAAGCUAUUCAAGCUAAUUCUGAGCUUUUAAACGUACAUUUACAAGAUAAACGAAUAACUAGUACUUUUAUGUACAUUUUAACUGGUAAUGCCAAUUUCGAUCCAAAAGAACCAACGUCUCCUACACAGGAUGAUGUGAAAAUGGAAGAACCUAGUAACAAUGAUAGAUCUGCAUCAUCAUCAAAACCACAACCUGAGCCUGAACCUGAGCCUGAACCUGAAGAACGUGAAUUUGAAGAAGCUAUAAAACAUUACGAUAAAGCUUGGGAAUUGGAUCCUACAAAUAUUGCUAUUUUGAAUAAUAAAGCUGGUAAUGCGUAUGGUAGAAUUGGAAAUUCAUAUUUGAAAUUGGAUAACCUUGAAGAAGCAAUUAAAUAUUUUAAUAAAUCAUUGACUGAACAUCGUACGCCAGAAAUACUGGGUAAAUUGAGAGAUACUGAGAAAUUGAAAGUUAAAAAAGAAAAAGAAUCCUAUUUCAAUCCAGAACUAUCGGAUAAGGCACGUGAGGCAGGAAAUGAACUUUUUAAGAAGAGUGCAUUUGCUGAUGCUGUUAAAGAAUACACGGAAGCAAUUAAACGUAAUGAAAACGAUCCACGAGCUUAUAGUAAUCGUGCUGCUUGUUAUACCAAAUUGAUGGCAUUCCAAGAAGCAUUAAAAGACUGUGAAACUUGUAUAAAUCUUGACCCUUCAUUUGUUAAAGCAUAUAUCCGUAAGGCAGCAGUAGAAUUUUUGAAGAAGGAAUAUAAUAAAUGUUCGGAAACAUGUCAAAUAGCAUUAUCUCAUGAUCAAGAUGGUAAACAUAGAGCAGAAAUCUUGCAACAAAUAAAUAAAUGUCGUGCAGCAAUGUAUGAAAAUUCAGCAUCGGAUGAUAAUCCUGAAGAAAUUUUAAAGAAAGCCUCAAGUGAUCCAGAGCUUAUGAAAAUUUUGACUGAUCCUGUUAUGCAACAAAUUCUUCAACAAAGUCAAGAAGAUCCACAAGCAUUUAAAGAACAUUUAAAGAAUCCUAUGGUUGCGGCGAAUAUUCAUAAAUUGAUAAAUGCUGGUAUAAUAAAAACAGGAUAA